UGUUUGCAUGUGAGGUGCUGACACAGUGCUCAUUACUUGUGUGCACUGUAGUGUGACAAUAGGUGACCAAUCGGUCUUUCUUAAUGCCUGAAAUGUUCUCUUUAAUGUCAGUAAGUGCUGUCAGAUGAUAUAUUCUUACCACUAUAAAAAGGGUGAUGCAGUCCUGUACAAAACAUAUAUGAGCCCCCUCUGAGUGGCACAAUUUAAGUAACAGCAUAGUUUUCUAGUUAGAAGCAGAUAAUACAAUUUCUAAACCCCUUCUAUUUUUAUGAGACAAACUAACUUUAUUGAUAUUGAGGUAUCUUUACAUCCAGAAUCGAUCGAGGAAAGUCUUAAAAUGACCUUCCUCCAAAAGCUGCAAAGCCACAAUCAACGCCAGCACAAAUGGGAAAGGUCCAUUUACCAUUAACCUGCAUGCUGUUGAUGUGGGCCCUGUGCACCACUUUCAUUUGCAGGAGACGAUUAAAAAAUUCCUAUACACCUUCUUGUGUUUACACAUUAUAGGUCAUCAGAUUGAAGAAAGUAAAACAUUUCUCAUUUGUGGUUUUAAAAAUGCAACACUUACACACAUCCUGCACAAACAAGGUGACAGACAGUCAGCUCAGGGGCGUGAUGCACCCCUCACUGUCACUGUCAGUGUCAGUAUCAGUCGAUCAACGACCAGGCAUGGAGCUCAUGACACUGUGCACUAUUGUCGCCUCUUUAAGAGUCUUUCCCAGCAGAACCCAGUUCUUUCAAUAUGAGUCGAUUAGACUGAGCUGUGGGGAUGCCUCUGAAUGGCGGGUUAAGAGAAACACAUCCACAAACAUGAACGCAGAGUGUUCCACAACGUGGGGCAAAAGAAACGAGUCACUGUGCCUUCUUGCUGACUCUUACCCAGUUGACACUGGAGUGUACUGGUGUGAGUCUGGAGCUGGAGAGUGCAGCAGUGCCGUCAACAUCACUGUAACCGGUGGCUCUGUCAUCCUGGAGAGUCCCGUCCUUCCUGUGCCUGAGGGAGAAAAUGUGACUCUGCGCUGCACCAACAAGAUGACAGUCUCCUCCAAUAUCACAGCUGAAUUUUAUAAAAAUGGCCUCCUCAUUGGGAACAGCUCUUCGGGAAAUUUGAGCAUCCUCAGUGUUUUAAAGUCCGAUGAAGGUCUCUACAAGUGUAGCAUCUCUGGAGCUCAAUCACCAGACAGCUGGCUGGCUGUCAGAGCUGGGCGUCCUGAAUCUUUUCAUUCCCCCCUUGCACACAUUCUGCUUCCUGUGGUGGGCGUCUGCCUCUUGCUAGUCGUGGUGAUUCUGCUGCUUCUCUGGAGGAGUCGCAAAGGUCAGUCUCAGGUGGUCGGUUCCCCUCAGCCAAUCAUUGCUGCUCCAGGUGAUGAUGUUAUCCUGCCGUGUCACGUGGUGCCUCAGGUCAAUGUGGCGGGACUGACGGUGGAGUGGUCGAGGCCAGACAUUCAGCCUGACCCCAAAGACAGGCUGAGCCGGGUGGAGUAUGUGCACCUGUACAGGGACACCCGCGAGGACACAGACAUGAAGCUCUCUACAUACGUCAGGAGGACAGAGCUGUUCACAGACGGCUUGAGACAAGGAAACAUAUCACUCAAGAUCAUGAAUGUGACUCUUGAAGACAAAGGGAGAUACAGAUGUUUCAUCCCCAAGUUAAAGAGCCGAAUAAAGUUUUCAAUUGUUCAUCUUGUUGUUGAGCCAGAUUAUGGUAAAACCGGGACAACAGAGACGCCGCUGCAACCCACAAUUCUCCAAACUCCUGAUCCGACGGAUUUUAAAGGUGGUUGGUCCAGGCGGAGCAGACUGGUCCCAUUGGUGUUUGUCUGCAUCUUGGCAGUGGUCCUGAUGGUCGGUGGAGUCGUGGUAUAUUUGAUACAGAAAAGUCAAAAACAAGAACUCAUAAAGGUACCUAUAGCCUGUAUAUAGUGCCUUGCUCAAGGGCACAAUGCUGGACGUUGCUAACAGAGAUGAGAGCACUACCGGCGGAUCUUACUAAUUAGUUCAACGAUUCAAACCAGCGACCCCUCCAGCCACAGCUGGAGACACUGGAUCUGCGGAAGAGAGGAUUUAUGUGUGGAGUGAAACAAACUACCAGCAGGAAAUCCUCUCGCCUGCAGCUUGUGGACAUGGCAACAUCAUAUGCUGGAUUUUUUUCCCCCUUCCUGAACACGUUUGGUUUCGACAUGGAAAAGGACACCCUGGAUGAGAGCUUUUUAAAAUGUUUUGAAUUACUGGCUCUUUCCAGUGACUGACCCCAAACCAGCUGUCGCUACCACACACAUUUUCACAUUCAUUUCUCAGUUUUGCGGAAUGCACCUGCAGAUUUUUUUAGGGUUUUUUUUGCAAAUUUAAAUCAGAGCCAAUUUACUUUUACAUAAAAAAGUGUUCUCUACUUUCUUAACAGCAACUGGCAAAGUGCCUUUGAGCAGGGCACCUAACUCGUUCUAAAAGAGUAACCAGUAGAGUUUUAUUCUUGUUUUUUAUUUAGAAAUGUUCCAACAAAAGCUGGUCUUUUUCUUUGAUUAACCAUUAUUUUUCAAUGUUCUUUCCUUUCUGAUGUUGUGCUGGGCAUCUUCAUCAUAGUGGUUGCAUGUAUUAGAUUAUAUAGAUCUUAAAAGCUACCUGUUAUGUUCUUGCCACUGCUGUGUUUAAGGUGUCUGUUCAUUUCAGUUGUUUUGAGGAUGUAUCAUGUUACUUUGCUACUAAUUUAUUUGCCCGUCAUAUGAAGUGCUUUACAUUUUUGUGAAAAAAUAUUAAUUUAUUGAGAAGAAGACUUUCUCAAAUGUUAUUGAAAGUUCAAUUGGAUUAAUGAUAGCCACAUUUUAAGUGGCACUGUUUAUGGCAGUUCCCAAAUAAACCACAUGGAUGAAUGAA